CGCGCUCUAUAAAUAAAACGUGAGGCGCUGGAAUCAGGCGCAGAGUGAAUGUUGGCAUGUGGAGCAGACAGAAGUCACCGCAGACAUUUGUCUUCUGUUAACUGCGCCGUGCUUUGUCAGAAGAAGGCGGGACUUACCAAACUGGACUGUCUUUUAUUUUUCUUCAUCAUUCUGGUAUUCACAAACUUUUGCUUAGACUUUAAUCAAACCUGAAGAUGCCUGCAGGAACUUUCGAGAGAACUUCUCCAUCCUCUGUGGCUGCGACACCGGCCAGAGGAGACUCCACACCCGAGAAACCUCGCACUCUAAAAGAAAAUAGAAAGUCGUCCAAACCCAUCAUGGAGAAGAGGAGACGCGCGCGCAUUAACGAGAGUCUGGGCCAGCUGAAGACCCUCAUCAUGGACGCACUCAAGAAAGAUAGCUCCAGACACUCCAAACUGGAGAAGGCAGAUAUCCUGGAGAUGACUGUGAAGCAUCUUAGGAACCUGCAGCGACUUCAGAUGACUGCUGCUGUAAACACGGAUCCGUCUGUUCUGGGUAAAUACAGAGCCGGCUUCAGUGAGUGUGUAGGCGAGGUCACCCGUUUCCUGUCCACGUGUGAAGGGGUGAACACAGAUGUGAGGACUCGCCUCCUCAGCCACCUGGCGGCCUGUGUGACCCAAAUCAAUGCUGUGAACUUCUACACACCUCACCCAGGUGCUCUAGGACUCAGACAGACCGGUACACAGAUCCCUCAAAUGCCUUGCAAAAGCGACUCAGCGAUGCCCGUCUCCCCAGGAGCUAUGAAGAUGUAUGGUGGAUUCCAGGUCAUGCCAACACCAGAUGGACAGUUUGCUUUUCUCGUUCCCAGCGCAGCUCUUGUGCCUCUGAGUGCGCAAAACAGCCAGCACAUGUCACCUGUUGCACCUCCACUCACGUCAGACUCUGUGUGGAGACCAUGGUAACUGAUCUGCUGGGAAAGGACUAUCUCACAAUAAAAAACAAAACAUGAAUUUUUGUACAUUUUGUAAAUGUUUUUUAAAUCCUCUUGAGAGGAAUGUUUACAUAAAGUUGUUUGUUAUAUGGA